AUAGCAUCAUCUUCUUCAUCGCUUCUCCUCCUCCUCCUCCUUCAGAGCCUGACCAAGAGCGAGCAAAAAUGGCGAUCUCGACACUGACGCUCACCACUCCAAAACCCCACAACCCCUUGCAAUCCCUCACUUCGAAGCACUCCCCCAUUUCGAAGCCUCCUCCCUUCCCUCCUUCCUUCCCACGUCCUUGUUCCUCCCUUGCCAACCACGCGAGGGUGUGCGUGGACUCGAACUCCGCGACGAAGGCGUUCCCGUUGAACGUGGGUAUUGGGUUUUUGGCGGCGUCUGUUCUGGCUCUGUGUCCAUUGGAUGCCGGCGCGACCAGGGUCGAGUAUUACGCCACCGUUGGCGAGCCCACGUGCGAGCUCAGUUUCGCUCGCUCUGGGCUUGGUUUCUGCGACGUCGCGGUUGGUUCGGGCGAGGAGGUCCCUCGUGGUGAGCUUGUCAAUAUUCACUAUACUGCACGAUUUGCAGAUGGCAGAGUCUUUGAUAGCAGCUAUAAACGCGCUAGGCCUCUUACUAUGCGUGUUGGUGUUGGAAAGGUAAUCAAAGGACUUGACCAGGGGAUACUAGGAGGUGCUGGGGUGCCACCAAUGCAAGUCGGUGGUAAACGUAAGCUUCAGAUUCCUCCACAGUUGGCAUAUGGGCCAGAACCUGCAGGAUGCUUUUCAGGUGACUGCAACAUACCUGCCAAUGCGACUCUCGUCUAUGACAUAAAGUUGGUGGGUAUCUACUCGGGAAAUGCAAAGUGAGGCCAGUCCAAGUCCCCUGCAUUAUAAAGUAAAUAUGAGGACAUUGAAGGUGUCUUGAGGUUUAUUUUGGAAGCAAAGAAGGAAAUCUGUCCCACAAUGAUGAGAAAUGUGAUGGAGACAAUCGAUUUUUUCACAUUAACAAACAUAGAGCCUAUGUCUCUCACCUGUCACUUCUGUCCAGAAGAGAAAUAUGACGAUCCAGGCUAAUAUGUUUCUUGGCUGGCUUGGAGCCACUAACCCUCCAUCUUCAUUGCCUUGAAUGGUGCAAUUGUCAUCCUGGUUGAUACUUUGUAGUAUGCGGUACAUCUAUUCACAUGAAGAGCAACUUGAGUUUUGUAACGAAAUCAGCUUCUGCACUCUGGAUGUAUUGAAAAAUAAGUGUUAAGAUGAAAGCUUCAUGUUAAAUUGAUAUAUUUCCACGUUGACGGUCAACCCCAUAUCUGCGAGCUUAAGCGGCAGGGUUGCUCGUGUAUUAAGCAUUCUAUU